CCGUUUCAGCAUUUUGAUUUCAGAAUCCCGCCAUCGGGGAAUGGCCCACGAAUCAACAGUCUCUGCGCGAUGCAGACAAUCCGCAGUAUAUACUCGGGGCUUGUGUCUGAAUCGGCUCCAAGGGGCGACCUAUCACAUGACACAGUGGACUACCUUCAGAGCCGUAUGACGAGGUCUCUAUAUGAUGUCUUCAAGGCAAAUCCAGUCAAUUACUUUAUCAGUGAAAAGGCAAACCUCGUGUUUUCCAUGAUCGAGAAUUUGGAAACAAUGAAGGAAUCGACCCAAGAAUCGGUCAUGGAUAUUUUAUUUUAUGUCAUGACAGAUCUAAACUAUGUGCCUUUCAAGCAAUUACUUGCAUCACAACUGUGGUGCGAUGCCGCAGGGAACUCUCCUUCAUCGACAAUCACCAUCGUAUGCAAUUUGUGCAUCAAAUUGCUUUCAACUUCGAAGCGGUUUCAUGAUGUCUUCCGCGACGUUGGCUUCUUGACAAUGUUCAAUGGAAUGCUCCAGGAUUUCGCCGGUAUUGUUCCAGAGUAUACCCCUGCCGAAUCAAGGUCGGGAUCAACGGAAAACCUUCAGAAAAUGCCGGUUGAUCCAAGAGAAAUCGCCACCCUCCUCUCAGUUCAACCCAGUUUCAAGCCCCAAAAAAGAUUCAUUCUCUCGCAAGCCAUCGUAGAGAAUUUCACGCAAAUGAUGACUGUCCUAUCCAAGCUGCUGGAUCACCCAGGGAAUGCAUCAGUCUUUCGACGUACUUACAAGACAGCUCUGUUCGAUUUGAUGAAGCGACGGGCCCUUAGACCUGGGCUGCUGUUGGUGGUCAAUCAACUGUUGCAUGACUCUGUGAGCUCAGGCAUGAAGGAGUUCCCGGAGAUUGUUCGUCUACUCGAGAUUCUUCAUUCAGCGCCUAAACACGACCUGGCUCUGAAGCUCGACAUACUCGCCGUAAUUGAAGAUGCAGUCAAUGCUUCCGAGCCUGCUCAGGCCGCCUUUCGCGAGAGCGGCGGAUUUGUCGCCAUCAUCUCAACGCUCCUCGGAAUGGAGGGCAUCUUUAUCGAAUCUACACAUGUGUCCCCAAGCCUCGGCGAAUCGCAAACUUGCGAUAUGCUUCUGGAGUCCAUGAUAUCGGUGCUCAUCUGCGCCAUCCGAAAUAAUGACAUGAAUCGCGAUGCCGUUUCCUCCCAGAUUGGGUACAACUCGAUCGAAGAUGCGAUGCGCAUCACAGGUGUUUUCGAGAGUCCUAGUUGCCCACUCGCUAUCGGCGGUCUCUUCGCUCUCGCGAUGGAGAACAAGCAGGCCUUCAGCAUGCUUUCCAAUGUAGAGGCACUGUCCCCAACGUCUGGAAAAAUGGAGAAACCACCCACGUAUCUGCCCAAGGAGGCCCUUGAUCUUCUCUCAAACGGCGGCCCGGCGAUUUGCAACCCCAUGGUCAUGAAAAACAUCAUCAAUGUUGUUGAAUGCAUGGGUUCCAAGAGCCAAGGCCUCUCUUUGGCUGUCCUGGAGUUUAUACAGCGACUUGCAUGGUCCAGUCGAUUCAAUCAAAUGAAGCUGAACCAAGCUGGGCUCGUCGAGACUCUCCUGGACUGGAUCAUGGGUCGGGAUGGAAGCCCCGUUCGCUCUCUUAUGUCGGGCGAGAGUCCUUGCGAAGGAAAAACAAUUGCAGAAGAUACUUCUGAAGCCAGCAUAUCGGCGCCCGAAGCUAUUGUCAUCAACAUCCUUAAGCGGCUCAUGGAAGUCCGCAUCUCCAGCGAUGCCUUCCGCAGUUUGUUUCGAACCCUAUCACCAACAGCAAGCGCCACUCAAAAAAAAGUGGUUCUGUUGGAUUUGCUGCUUUCCGCCUCCAUUUCUGGCAUCUCCCCGCCGUACGUCAACUUUGAUAACUGUGUACAUGAAGCCUGCGCUGUGGUAGUUCCAGAUUUCGGUCGGCCAUUUCCACCCGCGCUCGGAUACACCUUUUCAACGUGGCUGAGACUCGAAAAAACCGGGCACCUGAUGGAGAUUCCAAUCAUGACCAUCCUAGACGACGAACGCAAGACUCGCUUUGAAUUUUCAAUAGAAUGCACAAGCAUGCGAUUCAAGCUUCUGACGUACAAGUCCUGUGUGCGCUUCGAGGUACCGAAAAUCGAGCGAGGCCGAUGGUACCACAUUACAAUCAUCCACCAGAAGCCGUUGAUGUCAAAUUCAAGUCUCGAGUUUUUCAUCAACGGCGAGCUGCUGGAAAUGACAAAGUGCGGCUAUCUGGGCCAUCCUGGAUCAGUCAAUCGAGUCCAGACAGUGCUCGGAUUCUGGGGUCCUGUGAGCGGGUCGUCGCCCACAGGUGCUGUUUGGAGCCUUGGUCCAACAUACUUUAUCGAAGAAGUUCUUCUUUCAGAGUCCGAAGUCCGUGCCAUCUUUAACAUUGGGCACGAGUACUAUGGCAACUUUCAGGGUAUGCUUGAAAAAUACCAGAUCAACAGCAUCAAUCCCGUCAGCCUCGAUACCAAAGCCACUUCGACACUAUCGUCCAUACUGAUGUCUGGAAGCAAGCCUCUCUCGCCGCUCGGCAUUGCCGAGGACAAAAUUCUGAUUGCUUUCUGUGCCAACAACUAUGCCGUCCUUCGCCAAAACAACCCGUCCUUUGAGAUCCAUCCAAACGCGGGACAAAACGACGUGGCGAGCUUUUUCUACAACGGAGCUUCGCCCAAGCUCGCCAUCAAUCCUUCGAGCGUGCUCACGGUCCACGGCAAAGUCACAGUGGUUUGCGGCCAACAAAUAUUAGACAGUAUAUGGAAGCUGGGUGGGUGUUCGAUACUGCUCAAAUUGAUUGAAACAAGCCAGACUGAACAUGAAAUGUUUUUAAGCACAUGCAUCCUGGUCCAAUGUGUAAAGCACAGCUGGAGGAACAGCGACGAGAUGGAACGAAACGCAUUUUAUGAAACCCUGGCGCAUCUGGUCAAGAAAAACUCUUCUGUGCUCAGCGCCCGCUGUGUUGAGACACUGAUGAUGAUGCUUGGAAGAUGCAAAGGCGAUGAAGGGAUGGCGAUUCUCACGAACACCACAGCCUGCAAGCAUCUGCUCUUGGAUCCAGAGAUGUGGAGAAUAUCCGCUCAAGCGCAAACGGUUUUUAUCAAGCAACUCACGGAUUUUGUGAAAAAUAGCAAAUACAAAGACAGAAACAUCAAGAGCCUGAACGAUAUAGCAAUUGUCAAGCGACUGCUCAUGGCACUACGGGCGCAGAUCAUACUGCCGGAGCUCAUCCCGGGUCUCUUUGAGGUCAUGCCUUUGCUCGUGAAAGCUCGCUUUACAAUCGAUAUCGCCCGCAGUAUCUGCAUCUUUUUGAUGUCCACGAUCAGGAAAGACGAUACAAAGUCGCUCGCCGAGCCUGAAUUCCGGGGUCGAAAGCCUUCACUUCUGUCAAACAGCUUGCGCAUAAACAUGAAGAAGCUUUCUCCCAGCACAAACUUUGUGAUAACCGAUGCAGCCAGGUGGAAGAAGCAGCCCACAUAUUCGGCGCUGAUCCGAACGACUCUGCUGAAGAUGCUCCUUGAUAUACUCUGCGACAACCGCGGCCCCGUCAACUACGCGCUCAAGUUCACGGAAUUCAUCACAAGCGGUUGGAUCAUGUUGUUUUUUGACCGUCAUCUAGACCCGUACACGAUCGUUCUUUCGAUCAGGAUUUUUGCCAAAAUUCUUCAGACACAGGAUUCCGCCCAUGCACCAAGAAUGAAAGAAAACUUUACAAUUCUUUCAAAGCUGCUGCUACCAUUCUACCACGUCAUUCAAAUCUACCCCUCGCUGCUUGCCAUUCUGACUGGAACCGAAAUAGGAAUCGUUCCGCUUGACAGCGGCUAUGAUCUACCAUCACUCAUUGCCCUCUAUAAACCAACGGAUCUUGCUCGGAAGCGACUCACCUGUCCCGAGGUCAUCAAAGUUCUGAUGAGCAUCCUGAGACGAUCGAUAAUGGUACUGACGACCAUGAAGCCGAGUUUGACACCGCGCUUUACGAUGUUCGAUCAAGCAUCUCGAGAUCAACGUCAUCUGGCGUCAGACGGUGACAGCGUCUUUGCUCACAGCACAGGCCUUGAGUCGAGCACAAGCGAACUCGGCAUGCUCAGUCGUGUGAUUCAAACUACGUUUGAACUUCUGGCGUAUCUAUACGUGAGAUCCGACGAUAUCAAAGAAGCUCUUUGUCGCGCCGAAGUCAUUGACGACAUCGUCCGCGCCCUAUUUCCGCUUGUGUCAACGUCCGAGACCCUCAACAUCAAUGAGGAGCUCGGAGUUGGCACACCCGAUACUGAAGAGUCGCCGUCAGCACUCGGUGGCGAAGCAUCCUUUAUCAAUCCGCUGACGUUCCUGUCGGCGCCGGUAGGCAACAUAGGAACGGGAAAUAUUGGGAGCCCCAUGUACGCUAUUGGGGGACUCCCACCUCAUCUCAAGACUGGCUAUGCCGUCAGCAUCGCGUCGCCGACGCCGACCACAGCGACCCUGUAUGAAAUGAAGAGUGUAUCAUCAAAGAAGCCAAGGUACACGAGAUCGUGCGAGCGGCUUGCAAGUUCUACCGAAUCAAUUGUUUCGCUCAUCCUCGCUUUCAUAGUCACAACUUGCGUUGAUGGCAUCAUCGGGACCUGGAAGCCUCUCCAAGCGCUUGAAAUCUUCAUCCGGUCCAUUCCCCCCUCCACCAUCGAAGCGCAAAUGCAGUUUAUUGAAUUCGGAAUAUUGCACAUGCUGAGAAAAAUCACCGCGUCAAUCACCGAGCGCAAGCAUCUCGUUACUGACGCCAGAUUUCUACCAAAUCUGGUCAAGUUUUGCGAAAUAUGUGUUGACCGCACCUAUCAAAAUGCUUUAGUCAACAUCACAUCCGAGCUCCACGACUUUAUUUGUCUGAUUCUGGAACCCGCCAUCGACACGAAUGCUGCGGAGCAGAAUGUGUCGUCGCUUAUUCGAUCGCUUAAUCGAAUAACCUUGUAUGAGUUUGAAACCUGCUCCAAACGCCAAGACUAUGGAGAGAACACUGUUGUUGACUUUUUGACAAAGUGCCUGUUCCACCAGCGCCUGAUUAUGUGCGAGGAAAACACAGACACGGAGUUCUUCAAGUCUUUGGUGCACUAUCUAUACAAUAACCUCUUCUCCGAAAGCCAGUCGAUCAAAUCCGCAUCGUUGAGCAUCUGGAAACUCCUGCUAUUGCAAAAAUCGGAAGUUAUAUACCAGACCUUGAGAGGAGGAGGGUCUUCGGAGAACAGGUGGGCUUGUUAUCGAAAGCACUUUGAUCUUGUCAACGGAUUCUCAAAGCUUCUGGAAAAGGACACACAAUCAUUCAUAAGCUGGAUCGAGGAGGCGAGAGAAGAGCUCGAUGCCUCACUGAACGAAAACUCGACCAGAAUUCUUACCGGGCGGCUGGCCAUGGAGUUCAAGGUGGCCGCCGAGAUUACCAAGGUGAUGCGAACCAAGCGGAUUGCAAAGUUGACCAAGCUCAAAAAAUCCGAACACGCCGAGAACGACCUCUUCCGUAAAUUUCUCACCAAAACAAGAGCCGGGAUCAUAGAUGUGCAGCAAAUCGAGCUCAGCAAGUUUACGAGGCUAUUGCAGGACUAUGCUGCCGGGCAGAUAUUCGUCCAGAACGACUGGAGCAAGGCCACGACCGAGCUGACGCGGGAACGCGCGCUGUGGGGACCCACAACCGACGACGGCGCCCGCUGGAAACUUGAUUUCACAGAAGGGAGAUCUCGAAUGAGAAAAAAAUUACGCAGAAACCUCGAUCCACCAGUGCAAUACGUAUCCAAGUCUCAAAAGUUGGCCAUGUCUAGUACCUCUGCCGAGGCUUCCUCUCCAAGCCCGCUUAUGAUCACUGAGGAUGCUGCAUCUCCAAAACCUCCGACUGACGCCGACGAAGGCGAGCUUUCCAACAGCGAGCUUGCCUCGAUUGAAGGAGCAUCGACAACCGACGGCGAUAUGACCCCAGGACCCACCGACAAACAUGAUCAGAGGCCAGGAAACGAGUCAUCUCCUGAACAAGACACACCAUCAUCGGAGGGCGAUAUGGAGACCCACGAAGCACCAGACGACGACAGUCAAGCCAUCGAAACAGAGAAAUCAGAUGCAGCAGACUCAGAGGAAGAAAAAAACCGGCAUAUACUGCGGCUGUUGGAUCCUGAGGACAGUCUUAUAUCCGAGAGUUUCAACACAGCGCGAGUUCUUGGCCUUGAUGUUUGUGAGGGCGUGCUAUUACUCGGCGGCUUCACCAUCUAUCUUGUCGACAACUAUUUCCGAAGAUCGGACGGCGAGCUUGUCGAUAUCGACAGCAUCCCGCAAUCGGACCGAAACAUUUACAAUGCUACGCUGAAUGUCCAAGGCCAAAGGAAGGGACCUACGUCCUCGCCCACAGAUGAGACACGAUUCUCAUGCCGAAAGUGGACUUUCGAAGAUAUCCGCGAAAUCCACAAACGGCAAUUCCUCUUUCGGAAUGUUGCCCUGGAGAUUUUUCUGUCAGACGGGCGCAACUUUUUAUUGACCUUCUGGGAUCACAAAACGCGAGAGCAGAUCUACGGCCGGCUGCAAAGCAAGGCUUCUCUGAUUACAGAUGCAAACCAGACCAUCACAGGCGUUCACUCCGCUGGAGCCAUAGGCGCGCCCGAGUCUGUGAGCUCCAAACUCUUGUCGAACGUCAUCUUUGGCGGAAGUCCGCUUUCCGAGCUCACCCAAAAGUGGUGUGCACGCGAAAUCAGCAAUUUUUCGUAUUUGAUGCAUCUGAAUACGCUCGCAGGACGCUCAUACAACGAUCUCACUCAGUAUCCCGUCUUCCCGUGGAUAUUGUCCGAUUACGAGUCGGCUGAUCUUGACCUGACAAACCCUGCCGUGUAUCGAGACCUCUCCAAGCCGAUGGGCGCCCAAGGCUCCGAGAGGGCCGAAAAAAUGAUCGAGCGAUACAAGCUUUGGGAUGAUCCAGCUUUGCCAGCUUGCCACUACGGCGUUCACUACAGCUCAUCCAUGAUCGUAUGCUCAUAUUUGAUGCGCAUGGAGCCGUUCACACAGCAGUACCUCAAGCUUCAGGGCGGCCAUUUCGACCACCCCGACAGACUCUUCCAUUCAAUCGGCAAAUCAUGGCAAAGUGCCUCUCGACUCAACACCACGGAUGUGCGGGAGCUGAUCCCGGAGUUUUUUUACCUUCCAAAUUUUUUGACAAACGAGAAUCGCUUUGACUUUGGUACCAAGCAAUCCGGUGAAAUCAUCGAUGACGUCGUGUUGCCACCAUGGGCGAAAGGAAGCCCGGCCUUGUUCAUCGAGCGGCAUCGUGAGGCGCUCGAGAGCGAAUAUGUGAGCCAAAACCUGCACAGGUGGAUCGACCUCGUCUUUGGCUAUAAGCAGACCGGAGACGAGGCUGUCAAGGCCGUGAAUGUGUUCCACUAUCUGUCCUACGAAGGUGCUGUUGACAUUGACGCCAUAAAGGAUCCUGUCGAGAAGCAAGCCACGAUCUCGAUAAUACAUAACUUUGGCCAGACGCCGCGGCAACUCUUCCGAAAGCCUCACCCCGUGCGCCAGGCUGAAAGUGAAACAGUAUAUCGGCUUGCACAACACGCCCAAUAUCUGAUCUCGUCCAUCCAGCCGGUGCGAUCCUUUCAAAACCAAGCGAUAAGCGACAUAAAGCUGCAAGGAGACCGCGUGUAUGCCCUUGCUGGAUCCAAGAUCUUUGUCUUGCCCAACUGCUCCAAAUAUGUGGAGUGGGGCCAUCUCGACGAUAGCAUACGGCUGUGCCAAGUGGAUAGCGGAAAAGUGCUGGCAGUAUUCGAGAACCUGCACAUUGGUGCAAUCACAUGUGCAAUAUUCUCCAGCGGCGAUACGCUCAUCACAGGCGGGGAAGACAUGACGAUUUGCUCGUGGCGCCUUGUGCAAGGAAAACGACCAGAUCUGUAUCUGGAAACAUGCGUUCGAGGCCACACCAGCACUGUGCUUUGUCUCGCGGUGUCAAAAUCAUUCAGCAUCCUCGUCAGCGGCGGAGACGAUCGACUGGCGAUUAUAUGGGAUCUCAACCGAAUGGAGUAUGUGCGAACCCUGGCUGGACACGAGGGACCCGUAACCAGCGUUGCGAUCAACGACGCGACGGGCGAUAUCGCAACAUGUUCAGGAACUGUUGUUCGGAUUUGGACAGUGAACGGGGAGUUGAUGCUGGCAAAGAUGGCCUCAUCAUCGAUUGCGGAUCCCAUUACAGCCGUGGCAAUUUACGAGCCCAAACAAGGGGAGCUCUCGUCAACAUCACUUGUAUUCACGGGCCACCGUAAAGGUAUUUUGCAGCACCGGGCUGAGUGUAGGUCUCGGUGCGAUCCGCCGCUAAUUCGAGCGCUCUGGAUAGGACGGCUCAAAGUAUGGUGCCGGAAAUGGAACGAACCGACAUCCAGGCUUAUUAACGCGUUUCCUCAUAUUCGACUGCAAAGAAACAACCGCUUCCUUGCCACCGGCGAUGCAGCUGGAAAAAUCCACACGUGGAUUCUUCCAGACGGCAGCGGAACCGAAGUUCACUUUGUCUAUUCGGACAGCUGCAUGAGAUGCGCCACAAAGUUCUCCGUUCUUGAUCGAAAACUCAACUGCCGAGCGUGCGGAGGAGUUUUUUGCAUCGACUGCAUUGAAGCGCAAGAAAAGGCCCAGCGGCUUUGUGCCGCAUGUAAUAGCAAGGUACGAUACUUA